AUGAUGUCACAUUAUCAUGGUCGACAAUCUAUGCGAUCCCCACAACAAUUGUCUAUAAUGUCAGAUCAUGAGAUUAUGUUGUCCAAUGAAAAUCUAAACUUUAAUUUUGAUGAAAUACGCAGAGAAUUGGCAAAUUUAGGUGUGACAGGUUUGACUGAUAAGCAAUUGAGUUGCUUGAAACAUGAUUUAGACUUGAUGAUAAGUAAAGAGAAACAGUUAUUGAACUGUUUACCACGACCAAAAUCAUCACAUUCAGAUUAUUAUUCUGAAAGGAUUCAACAGUCAACAUAUACACAUGAUGAUGGUGAAUAUAAUCAUGCUCAUGAUAAUAGUUGCUAUACAAACGACAAUAACAACAGGAGAAAAAAGGUGUUAUAUUCAUCGAAUAAAUCUCUUCCAUAUUUAUCAAAUAGUUCUUUGUCUUCUUCACAGUCAUCAUGUUUUUCUGUAACGUCUGAAGAAUUUUCAAAUUAUAACACAGGUGAUAAUUAUAAUGUUAACAAUAAUAAUAAUAUUGGUGAAGCGAAAAUGAGUAAACGACAACAGAAUAGGACACAUUUGGAUAAAUAUGUUGUUAAAAAAACUUCAACUGGUCAAACGAAUAAGAAAUUCACUGAAAUGGAUAGACCUGCGAAUCAUCAUUUUAUGCACAAAAAUGAACAAAGUGUAUCCAGUAAUACUUUAUCAUCAUUGACUAAUAUUGUACCUUCGUCUUCCGGACGGCAUAUUAUUCCAAAGCCAGAAAAUAAACAGAGAGUACCAAUAACUGACAAUCUAAGUCAGAUAACCUUUCGUUCACCAAAACCUUCUAACUUAUCCAGUAAAGCGGAUGGAAUUGAUGCUUUCCUAUCAACACCAAUAAUGUUUAAACAAGGUGAAAAGGUAGAGCGUAGUAAAAUAGUUGAAAAUAAAACCAGUACUACCACUCAUGAUAAUUAUAGAAGAAAAUCAUCAUUUAAUUGUACAUGUGAACAAGAAGACCAACACUCUGCAACUAACCCACUGUUGGGAGUAGAUGUCCUUUCUGCUACUAAGUAUGACGUCCGAACAUCUUAUUUAUUAUCCAAUGAUGAAGUGAACGAUAACAAUGAGGAGGAGGAUGAAACACCAAUUUUGUCGUCAAGCCAAUUGUUAUCAGAUGAAGUUAGACAUUACCAUGAGCAGCAAGAACAACAACAAACGACGAAACAAGAACACAGCCUCUACCAACAGCAAAACAAUCUGCAAUCUGGAAAUAAAUCUCAAGGAGUGCAACAUCAAUCUGUCAGUAUGAAGCAUUAUCAAAAGGAUCCUAAUGCUGAAUUCAAUGUUCAAAGUGUUCAUCCACCCAUGCUUCAUAAUGGUUUUACCUUGAGUUCAUCUCAACAAACGUGUAGUACAACUCUAGCACCAUCAUGUUGGAGUAGUUGUUUAUCAUAUUGUGAUUUACCGCAGUCAAUAUCAUCUAUUCAAGAAAAAUGUCCUUCUCUAAAUGUCAUGAAUAAUGGAACAAGUUCUGCUCGUUGUUCGCAUACUGGGGAUAGUCUGUGUAUGAAGUUAUCGAAGCAGCGUUCACAGUCACGAGAAUCAAGAACACUACAAAAUACUGUACACACUGCUGAAAAUUGUGAUCAAUCUUCAAGUGUAACUGAAAAUUUUAUACAUCGACAAUGUGUUGGAAUAAAUCAUGACCCUGGGCAUGAUGUAUUACGUGCACCAGCGGUCACAAAAGCAACAGCAACAACCACAGGUAAAAAAUCUCAUCAUUUACGGCAAAAUUCUAAAGAUCCUAUUUCUAAGUUGAACAUAGCUAAUCAUCGUUAUUCUCAACAUCACACACCACAGGAUCCUAGUCAUCAUUCCCAUCUUUAUCAUCAAGGACUGCAGUCAAAGUCUGUACAGGCUCCUCAGAAUAAAACACGAAGUAAAUGUGAAUCGUUAGUUGAUAAUCUUACUACUUCUGAUGUCGCUCCUAAGAAGGUAUCAGUCUGUGCAUCGAUACCGCAUCAAAAAUCAAUUGACGGUCAGAAAGUGUUGAUUGCUGAUAACUUGUUACCAGAAGCAAAGACAACGAUCAAGCAAAAUGUAAGAUCUACCAAAAUUGGUCUGUCGAACUCAAUGCAUCCUCGACAACAAGUGUCUUCUUCUGCAUCGUCAAGAAGAUCAGCUCGAUUUCUAGAUGAUCCCGUUGAACAGGUGUAUAGUUUACCACAACGACCUAAGUCUGUUCAGCAUUAUCAGAAGACAGGUGAUCAACGUCAUCAUUAUUAUCCUGAUCCUCAGUCGCCAUAUAGUAUGAAUUCACAGCGAUCAGGAUCAUCUGGUAAUAGACGUCAACAUAGACAAGAUCCAGUCGCCCGCUAUCAUUCCUAUCAACGUAGCUGGUUAAUACAUUCUACACCCGGUGAAAAUGCCCGACGUAUUCUUCGCUGGAAUAUCAAAACUGCAAUGAUGCAUAGAGAAUUACCGUUAUUACAACGUAAUUCAGCUGAAGUUGCUCGUUUAUUAGGUCCAUACGCAUCAGCUUAUUUGGAACAAGAAAGGCAAAGACGAUUAAAAAAUUUAAAGUUGGAUUAUGUGCCACCAACUAGUCGUCGUUAUGAUACCCUCCGUCAAAGUAUUCGAUCAUUGAUGUCUAAUCCGAGUUAA